UUCCAUAGCUGCUGGGCAGAAUGGUAAGAGCGGACGGAGAGGGAAAGGAUCUGGGAGGAAGAACGUACUUAAGGCGGGCGAAGCAGACAAGAGAAUUGGGGCGAGCACUCCGACAACAGUAGGGUGAGUACUACGCCAUCUUCGCCCACCUCUUCUCGAUAGGCCUCUUCCGUCACAUGUACGCCAACCUCGGACCAUUGGCUCCUUCCACUCCCACUCAGUCUACCACCUCCGAUGAGCCACUAGUGACAACGGAACAGACUCUGCUCCUCAAGACGCUCGAUGCUUGGAUCAACGCAGGCGGACAGCAUCACCCCAUGGACGACCUCAGCUCUAUCGACCAAUUUAAGAAUCUCCCAGGCGAAUUUGUUCGGUUGAGCAAAUUCGUGCGGCGCUUCAUUGCCGACUUUGAGAAGCUGGAGAAGGAGGUAGAGAAGAGCGGCGGAGCAAAGGCUGCAACAGGUCAAGAUGUGGACCGGAGAAUGAUCGGUGCCCACCAGGCAUUGGUCUUGAUCCUGGAAGUGCUGGUACAGCUAGGCAUGAUCGGCUGUGAAGGCCUCGAGGAGGAUGAGCAAUUCAGAGAGGAGAGCGAGGAGAUUCUUCGUCGAAUGCGAAGCGCACCCAGUGGCGCGUCCGUCGCGACUGCAAAUGGUGAUGGAUCUGACAAAGGAGUGCAAGCGGAAGAAGAGGCCGGACAGCUAGCGCAAGAAGAGCUCGACGUAGUAGCCGAGCUUUUGCUUCUUCUCCGGGCAGUCAUGUCCUUUGCCCCUCCCGUCUCACCCUUCAAGUCCACCCUACCCCAAUCCGGCCGAGCAGUACCCGAAGGUCACGCUCCCACCAGUACUGGGCUCGGGCUCGGCUCUGCCUCCUCUGCCGCUGCCUCCUCACCGCUCGCAGCGUCCAAACCGCGUCUGGACAACUUGCAGCGCACCCUCAUCCAGCUGCUGGGCGUUCUGGUCUUUGUCCACUCUCCCAGCUCUUUACCCCAGUCCUUCCAGGAGCGAAGCAGGGGGGAGAAUGAAGAGGAGAGGAGAAGCGUGACGAGAGUGCAGGAUAGAGUACGGGAGCUGGGUGGGCUAGCAAGCGUCCUUGGAUGCACGAGAGUGGAUGAGCGCAACCCUUGUGAGUCAUGGAGGAAGGCAAUCGAGCGACAGACUGAAAGAGCAUGUGAAGAGGGAGAGGUGUGGGAACAGUACUGACCCGCUCGCCUGCAUUGACAUUGUCCAUUGCCAGAUAUCCGCGAACAUGCAAUCUUCACAUUGCGCUACCUUCUGCAGGACAAUUUGGACAGUCAAGAGUACAUUGCGAAGCUGCAACCCGUUGGCCACACUGGACCGUAGAUCGAGACCUUUACGUCUGAGAAGAGAAAGGUGCGGAGGGGGGGGCGAGCGAGGGUGAAUCAAGAAAUAGACUAGAAGCCUUUAGUGGAAAUGUCACCGGUUGUUCUACCUCACAGGGUUCAUC